AUGAGAUCUAUAAUUCUGGGACUCAUACAGGAAUUGGACAAGAUACGGGAGAUACCCUUGCAGACUAUAUUGCAAGAUCCCAAGUUCGUCGCUGCCAUCGUGGGAAUCUUCAUCUUAGUCCUGUUCUUCACAUUUUUCCGAUCCACCUCACGUAAACCUCAAUUGAAUCCCUCCACUAUCCUUCUCGUCGGUCCAUCAGAUAGUGGCAAAACUUCCUUGUUCUCCCAACUCGCAUAUGGGACUUAUCCUAAUACACAUACUUCCAUAAAGAGCAGUACGACCACUUUCACUCUUCAAACUGGUAAAAAGAUUAGAUUGGUGGAUUUACCUGGACAUCCUAGAUUACGUGAUGGUGUGACGAAAAAUUUAAGAGAGGCUGAUGGAGUUGUGUUCGUUGUUGAUAUAGUUGGAUUAGUGAGGAAUGCAGGUAUGGUAGCUGAACAACUCCCACCUAUUCUCACAACACUCUCAAACCUUUCACGCCAUUCUUCAAAACCUAUCAAACUCAUCCUCCUAGCAAACAAAACCGAUCUCCUCAUUCGACCCUCACCUCCACCAUCCCCCUCUCCUCCAAAUAUCCCUUCUCAAACACUUGAUAUCGCACGAGAACGUCUUCGUUUCAUUCUCACUCGAGAAAUGGACAGACUAAAAUCUUCUCGUGCUUCGGCAAGUGGGAAGAUCGAAGGUAUGUCUAAAGUCUCAGGAGUGGGUACAUCAUUUUGGUCCAGAUUGUUUGGUGGGACGGUGGAGGUUGAAGGUGAAGGGGAAGGUGAGGAGGAUGAGGGGUUGGUUUGGGGUGGGAGAGGGAUGUUUAAGUGGGAAGAUGUGGAAGGUGUUGAGAUUAUAUGGGCUGCUAGUGGGUUAGGUGUAGUAAGAUCUGGAUCUGGGGUUAUUGAUGAGAAUGAAAGUGAGGGAAAUGGAUUAGAUGAGUUGAAGGGGUUAUUAGAGGAGUUAUAA